CCUUGGCUUAUUGUCUGCAGUGAUGCAGCUCGCUCUAUCAACACGUUAGAACCCGUUCUGGCUGACCGGCUUGGGAGGCCAGCGCAGGCUGGGAUCAGGAAAGAUGGAUAUCGGUCCAACCAACCCCUCUCCUCUCCCCAGUUGGGUGAUCGCUCCCCCAGUUUGGCCUGGCUCAACGUCCCCCCAAGACAACAUCUGAACCGAGCCGACGGUGACCAAGAAGACCCUACCGUGCCCGCGGUCCAUCGAGACCUUCGACUCUUCGUCUUAUUUCAUUAUUUUUUUGUGUGUCACUUCAACCCCCCCCUCCACCACGACCACCAUACGCACACACUUUCCCCGGCUCUCUCCCGGAUGGGAAAUCGGGGAAGAUGGAUCAGAUCCUGCCAGGGUGGAUGUCUCUCCUCUGGUUAACAGCGGCGGUUCAGUGCCUUCAGGUCUCGGUGCCCGAGAAGAAGAAAGUGGCCAUGCUGUUCCAACCCGCCCAGCUCCGCUGCCGCUUCUCCACGUCCUCGCGCCAGCCCGCCGUCGUGCAGUGGAAGUUCAAAUCCUACUGCCAGGACCGCACGGGCGAAGCGCUGGGCAUGGCCAACGCCCGCGCCCAGGCCCUGAGCAAGAGGAACCUGGAGUGGGACCCCUUGGUGGACUGCGUGGACAGCAGGCGCACCGUCCGCGUCGUGGCCUCCAAGCAGGGCUCCGCCGUGACCGUCGGGGACUUCUACAAGGGCAGAGAGGUCACCAUCGUCCACGACGCGGAUCUUCAGAUCGGGAAGCUCAUGUGGGGAGACAGCGGGCUCUAUUACUGCAUCAUCAUCACACCCGACGACGUGGAGGGCAAGAAUGAGGAUGCGGUAGAACUCCUGGUGUUGGGCAGGACAGGGCUGCUUGCUGAUCUCUUGCCCAGUUUCGCUGUGGAUACUAUGUCAGAGUGGGUGUUCGUCGGCCUGGUCAUCCUGGGAGUUCUCCUCUUCUUCCUGCUGGUGGGCAUCUGCUGGUGCCAGUGCUGCCCACACAGUUGCUGCUGUUACGUCCGUUGUCCGUGUUGCCCGGAUUCCUGCUGCUGCCCGAGGGCUUUGUAUGAAGCGGGAAAAGCCGCCAAGGCCGGGUACCCUCCUGCCAUCUCCAGCGCCCCCGGUCCAUACUACAUCCCCUCCGUCCCCGUGGGCAGCGUCUCCUCUUCGGCCAUGCUGAUGGAUAAGCCCCACGCUCCACCCCUCGCCCCGAGCGACUCCAUUGGAGGAAGCCAGAAUGCCGUGCGAAAAGGCUACCGGAUCCAGGCCGACAAGGAGAGGGACUCCAUGAAGGUCCUGUACUACGUCGAGAAAGAACUGGCUCAGUUCGAUCCGGCCAGGAGGAUGCGAGAGAGAUACAACACCACCAUCUCUGAGCUCAGCUCCCUGCACGAGGACGAAGGGAACUUCCGCCAGUCUUACCGGCAGACGCGGAGAAAACCGCCCCGUGGCCCGGGGGAGCUGGAGGAGGACCCCGAGUAUUGGACGGGCGUCGUGGGGGGUCCUGGCAGGGCCCCCUCGGGCUCCGAUUACAGCCGGGAUGAGAGGGAGAGUUUCAGGCACAGCCAACAGAGGUCCAAGUCGGAGAUGCUGUCCCGCAAGAACUUCGCCCCGGGAGUCCCGGCCGUCUCCAUGGACGAGUUGGCGGCCUUCGCGGAGUCCUACAGCCAGGGGUCCCGCCGGGGAGGGGGCGGCGGCCAGGACCCCCGCGGGGGCGGCCGGUUCGAGCGGUCGGAGUCCCGGGGGCCCGUGCCGUGCCAGGACGGCUCCCUGGAGGGCUACUACAGCCAGAGGAGCCGGAGCCGAGAACCCCUGACGGACCCGGCCCGCGGCUGGGCCUACAGCCCGCCCCGGAAGCGGACCGACGAGGACCAGCGCCUGCCCCGGCUCGUCAGCCGGACCCCGGGGGCCGGGCAGAUGUACGACCCCGCGUACCUGAGCGGGGUCCCAGAGAGGAAGGGCCGGCCCGAAGGCGGGAGUCUCGAGACGGCCUCCAGGCUCGGCUCGAGGCCCAGCCGGAGAGGGACCGGCUACUACGGCUGGUCGCCGCCGGGCACCUACAAGGCCGGGAGCCGGCAGCCGUCCCCCCCACGGCGGGGCGAGGAGGAGGAAGAGGAGGAGGGAGAGGUGGAGGAGGAAGAGGAGGAUGCCCUGCCCCCGUACAGCGAGCGGGAGCUGAGCCGCGGGCCUUCCUACCGGGCCCGAGACCCGCCGUCCUUCCGCAGCAACUCGGAGAAGAGGAGGAAAAAGGAGGUGCCCAGGAAAACUAACGAAUUCCCCACCAGGAUGUCCCUUGUGGUGUGACGUUCGUUUCCGAGACGACGGCUCCUCGGUGGAGGUGGACGGAGGGGGGGACCCUGAGCGAGAUUGGCCGACGUGGGACGGGUGGCGGAAACCCCGGAGGAUGCCGGUUCCGUUCCCUCAGACCCAUCGGAUGAACCACAAACAAAUCGGGAAAUCCAGAGAGGGGGUGGUCCCCUCAGCCCCCUGCCCCCAGAGAGAAAAACGCCACCUUCCUUUGCCGCAAUCUUUAUCCUCCACUGAGUCUACCUCCCGCCUCCCAGGACUUCCUCUGUCCUCCCCUUCUCUCCCCAAAUCCUCUUUGGCUCAUGGGGUUUGGGAGUAUAUCACCAAGUACAGCAGUCCUUUUCCUCCCGAUUAGCAGGUUUUCUGCUAGCGGGUCCAGAUGACCUGAAGCCCGUGCCCUCCUCUCUCCCAUCCCCUUCCCGUUUCGCCAACAUCGGGAAGUUAAAAUCCAUAACCCGGGCUGAUAGCCUGAGGGGUGUACCGCGGUUCUCGGUGGCUACACCUGACCGAGGGAGCGGUGGUAAUUCUACUCCCUGCAUUUUGUUCUGAUCUCCCACUCGUGUUGUAGCUGGUACGAAAUGCCAGGGAGACGAGCCUUUUGGAAAAUCAUCAGCGCUCAGUCCAGUGCCUGGCACAUAGUGAGUGCUUAAUGAAUACCAUUAAAAAGUCACCCCCGAAGGGGAUAAAGAUUCCUAUAUUCCGCCUAAUCGCGUGACCUACAACCAGCUGGGCCUUGACAGCCCAAGGGUCAGGGUGGCCUGAGUUUCCCUGGUUUGACAUCGCAAGCAGAACCCCAUUGUCACCAGUUUUCUGGCUGGGAUCUCAUCGGGCAACUAGGCAUAACCUCAGGCAACUAAGGAGGAAAGAAGGGAUGCUGGGAGGGAGGAAGGGAAAUGAGGGUGGGCAAGAGAGACCAAAUGGGAUGAGAAGCUGGGAGAAAAACUUCAACGCUGCUUCCCUCCGACACCAAGUGACCGCAUUCUCCAUUCUCCUUUUCUGCAUGUGUGUUCGUGUUCCUUCUCGCUUUUCUGCUCAAGUCCGGGACGAUAGGGCCGGGCGCACACGGAAGCAGCGGUCCCGGUGGGUCUCGGGAAAAAGGGAUUUCUCUUUCUCCCCCCGUUAUUUGAACAAUCACGUCUGUGUAAGAUUCGCGCCUGGUCCUCUCUCUGCCUACCUUCCUGGAGUCCCAUUGAGAUGGCUCCACCCUUAACCACGACAGUCAACCCGAGACCCCAAACUCUCUACCAGCCCCGCUCACCCACCGCCUGCAUCGUUCCAUCAUACGUCCUGCUCACCCGUGGAAGUCGUCCACAGCGUCGGACCUCCUGUGGCUUCAGGAGGGCUUCUCGGAUGAGGCGUUGGAAGGCAACACAGCCCUGAAAUGCCCCCCUCUCCCACUUCCGCGGGGCCCCGGUUGCCCAAAAUUUACUGGGUCUGUUGGCAGCUGGAAAGGUGGUGGUCAAAGUGGUGGGAGCUGCCUGCUGCUCUUCAUACUCUGAAGUGAUCCAGUCCUACCGCCGCAAAAUUUCAGGUCAUGGUUCGCCUCUUCCGGCUUCAGCAUCUCCGUCGUUUCCCCUCAGAGUCCCGGUACUCAGAAGUCGCCGGUUCAGGGGAACCUCCCAUCAUCACGAAGCCACCAGCCCAGUUGCCUUCAGAGUGACGCUUCCCAGCCUUCCACGUCAUGUGGUCGGAUGUCAAGGGGAUUCCACCGCUCGGAGUUUUGAGCAGGGAAGAGGAGGUGAACACGGGCCACCCCCUCCCCACCGGCCCUUCCUGGAGAAGUGGAAUGGCUCCAGACUGCAGUUCCAAAGCUCUGAGAAAUCCAGGGAAGGGCUCGACUUCUCCAUUUCUCAAGCUUCGUCUCCGCUCACGGCUCUCGUGGCCUCCGAGAGGCCGCCUGGGAAAGAAGACAAGUAUCUUUUCUCUGACUCCUCCUGUGGAAGCGGGCAAUUUGACCGUCAUAUUAUCUCUUCCAACUGAGCACUGUGUCAGCCUUCUCACCAUCUCCGAGGUCCUCUUACCAGCUGCGGAGACCAGAAAUAUCGCUAUUAUUAGAAGGUGGUGUUCGAGACGCUGACAGAGACCAAGGGAGAGAAUUAAUAUCUUCUUGGAAACCUUCGUUCGUCUCCUAGAGUGUUUUUGAAGACAAUCUCAGGUUUAUGAAACAACAAGGGGAAGCAGAAUACACUCUGUCCACACUCUCCUGCUGGACUACAUCAAUAAUCCAAUUUUUCCAGCCCCAUCGCCCGAGAGAGAAAGCAAUAUUCAACAGGGGGGUUUCUGCCAUGGGGACCGCUGGAGGAAAACGGGGGUAAGGGAAAGGUGUUUUCCUGACCAGGGUACAGUGAGUGGCCAGUCAAUCCAUCAGUGGUAUCUACUGAGCGCUUACUGUGUGUAGAGAACUGUACUAAGCGCUUAAGAGAGUACCAUACAACAGAGUUGGUUGACACGUCCCCUGCCUACAAAGAGCUCACAGUCUAGAGGAGACCGACAUAAAUAUAAAUAAAUGAUUUGUAGAUGUGUACAUAAAUGAGAUGGGGCAGAAUGGGGGGUGAAAUCCCUCAAGUACUUUGCUGGGAAUAAAAAAUGGCGGGUGACCAAAUGGCUGUUGGUCAGUAUGUCAAUCCGUAGCAUUUACUGAGUUGCUACCACAUGAGGAGCACUGUAUUAAGUGCUUGGGACAGGACAAUAGAGGAGAAAAAGAUAAUUUUUCUCCUCAAGGAGUUGGCAAUCUCCUGGAGGAGACGGACAACAAAUAACUUGUAUCUACCCAAGCGCUUAGGACAACGUUUGACUCAUAGCAAGUGCUUAACAAAUACCAGGACAAGAAGAAGAAGAAGAAGAAAAGAAUGGGAAGACGGCUAAGUGAACAAGCAUUUAAAUAGAGUAUGUUGAUAGAUAGGGAAAUUGUGUUACGAGGAAUGGUGAGAAUGGGAAACGGGGCAUGAAGCGGAGAAAAUUAAAGUUUUUAUGGUA